AAGCCCUUCUCAGUGUUCAAGCUAGCUUAAUGUCUCCUGUCUGCGCGAGGUAGGUGAUGGCCGUCUGUUAACGACAACACGACGCUUUAAAAAGGUUCGGUGAACACACCGAACACCUGCGGGAGGACUUCCGGUAACCCUGAAUCUAUGGCCAUGGUGACCAAGAAAGUCCGCUCCGAGUACAUGAAGCGGUUCCGGGACCCCAAAUGGGAGACUUUCUCCAAAUGCUACGAGGACUCCCUGAAGUACCGCCUGACCCGCCGGGUGAUGGAGCAUUCCCACAAGCCCUGGUUCUGGGAGGGCUGGGAUCGGGGCUCGGAGUCCAGCGGCUGGUCCACGCCCAGGUUGAGCUGCAACAAAGUGGCACCGCUGCAAUCCAAUGAUGGAGACCAGCUGCCCGAACAGCCCGGGUCCAGUCCAGACGCCAGGCAGCCAUCGGAGGACGGCGUGGACGCGGUGGUGGCAACGGAAGUGGCCGUAGUCGAUGCUGCGGUGCCAGCAGGGGCGGAGACAGAAAGCGGCGACUCAGCGGCUGUGGCGCCUCCUUUAAACCCCGGCGAGGCCUCCGAUGACACCGACAACGGGCCGCUUCAUUCGCCCUCCUCGGACGGUGAGAUCGCCAACUCGGUGCCGAGGCGACGUCACCACCGCCGCCGCACGCCCCACUCGGAUGCGGGACGCUUGGACUGUUCCCACGGGGACAAGACAGCCGCCGUGAGAAAACCUCAGCGAGCCAAGAGCCAGCCGCCUGCCAGCUCGAAGGAGAACCGCUGGCCUGUGGGGCGACUGGAUUGGACGGAGCGCCAUGACAGGACGACGCCCAAUCACAGUCACGUGUCUGACGCCUGCGUUCAGACACGCCCACCCGACAAGCGUGGCAGUGCGGAGCGGCGCCGGGCGCGAUCGGCCGACCUCGACAAGCUCCGGCGCUCGCAGCUGGCGGACGAGCGCUGGGUGACCGAGUACAUGCGCUGCUUCUCUGCACGCACCAGGUAGACAAGACACGCCCACAAGCCGGAAAGACAGGAAGUAGUCUGACAUCUUUCAAAGUAAAAGCACCCGUGUGGUGCUUUUAACAUGAGCCAGCAAGAAUGCGAGUGAUCAGAAUAAUCAAAUUUUUACCAGCACUCAGAUUUUUACAUUUACUAUUAAUAUAUUUAUUAUUAUUAUUAUGUGGUUAGCGCGCAGGCCUCACAGCUAAGAAACCUGAGUUCAAUUCCACCCUCGGCCAUCUCUGUGUGGAGUUUGCACGUUCUCCCAGUGCAUGCGUGGGUUUUCCUCCGGGGACUCCAGUCGCACCCCCCCCCAUUCCAAAAACAUGUUAGGUUAAUUAGCCACUCCAAAUUGUCCAUAGGUAUGAAUGUGAGUGUGAAUGGUUGUUUGUCUAUAUGUGCCCUGUGAUUGGCUGGCCAACGAUAAGCAGUAGAAAAUUAUUAUCAGACAAGACCCCACCCCUUUUUCUUCUUCUGUCUGUGCAAACUAUGCAAACACUCCGAAGUGAAGAUAAAAUAUUAGUUAUGACCUUUUUAGUGACUCAUUUGAAGAACUCAUGCGACUUUGAUUGUUUUGCAGCGUAACUUAUGUAUUUUGUAAGUUAUCGAUAUUGAACACUUGACAAAAAAAAAAAGAUUGUCGUUGAAAAGCUAAUGCUAAUUAGCUGCCGGAAAGACAAAGAAUUCACUGAAAGUUUGCAAUGUAUUUCAUAGUUCAACAGUGGAGGUCAAAGGUCACAUUGCUACUUAUGUCUGAAUGUUGACAAUCAAAGCUGACAUCAAUGUUUACAUUGUACAUACAUCAAUAAAAGUACACAUUUAAUACGUGACCUUUGUCUCCAUUCCGCAUGUUUGUUCCGACGAACAAAAAGGUCAGUGAACACAACAUUUGGAUAAAAAAAAAAAAAUCAAACAUCUGUUGGUUUAUUUUCAACAAAUGUGAUGUCAAAAUUAUUCUCAGCAAAAAUGAGAAGUACGCCAAAAAAGAAAAAUCAACUUUUAAAGUUUAGCUUAAAAAAAUACAAAUAAAACGCUCACGGCAGUCCAGCUGCCAGGAUGCUGCCAACCAGCGUGCGAUCCUUCAGUGCGUUCUCCACGUCCUUCUCCUCGAUCUUCAGGAACACCUGCAAGGCACAGGAAGUGACUGUGUGAAUGACGGGAAACAGGAAGGAAGGGACAUUGGACAGUAAAUGGAAACGGCAUUGAGGGCAAACAGAAGAUGGCAUAGCAUUGCGAGCGAAUGGGGGCAAACAGGAAGUGAGUGUCAGCAAUCAGGAAGUAGUUGAGAGUAAAUGAUGCAAACAAAAGUGAUGUGAGCGAAUGACAGCAAACAGGAAGUGGCAUUGUGACUGAAUGACAUCAAACAGGAAGUAGAAUGGGUGACAGAACAUCAUUGAGAGUAAACGAUGCAAACAAAAAUGUGAUGUGAGUGAAUGACAGCAAACAGGAAGCGCCAUUAUGAGUGAAUGACAUCAAACAGGAAGUAGAAUGGGUGACAGAAUAUCAUUGAGAGUAAAUGAUGCAAACAAAAAAAGUGAUGUGAGUGAAUGACAAAACAGGAAGUGGAAUUGACGGCAACCAGAAAGCCACAUUGUGAGUGAAUGACAUCAAACAGGAAGUAGAAUGGUGACAGAACAUCACAGAGUAAAUAAUGCAACCAGAAAGCGACAUUGUGAGCGAAUGACAGCAAACAGGAAGUGGCAUUGUGGGGGGAGGCAUACUUUGGUCAGACGUGCUUCUUUCGCCUUCUUCAGAGCGAAAACUCCUCGACUCUCCAGCAGCGUGCAGAGCGACAAACAUUCCGCCUGGCUGACUCCGCCCACCUGCCUCUGAGCGCACAGGCGGCUGUGGACCUCAUGAAGCUGAAAGGUCAAAGCGUGACGUCUUUAAUAAAAGAUGUGAAACGCCGACAUGGCGGUGAAUCUCCACGUGGGAAAAAGCAACAUCUGCUCACCUUUCCGAGGACGACCUCUUUGCUCUUCCCGCUGCGUCCCAGCAGCAGGAGGCAGCAGACUAGAAGUUUCUGCUGAAGAGGGAAACUUUCCCCAUCGGAGGCGCCGCCCUGCGACGCCAUGCGGUCGCCGUACACCUCAGAGAGGACGCGUGCUACUUGAGGGACGCUCACGUGAGACUCUGCGGCGCUACGGUCAGUGGCGUCGGCCGCCCUCUUCUUCCUCUCGUCAGACUCCACGAUCUCCACCGCUCUCCUGCGGACACAACUGGUCAGUUCCUGCGCGAAGCCAGCGACCCCACGGAGACGGCGAAAAGUCACCUGCAAAUAUCCAGAGCCUUCCUGGCGUCUCCCGACACGGCCGAGACUUUACGGGCGCAAAACUGCACGGCGGCGGCGUCCAGGAUCCCGCCCACCGAUACCUGCCGAACCAGAACAUGAAUAAAAGAAACCAAACCAGGAAGUAGUCAGUGUCUCGUGGCGAGAGCGCUACCUGAGCCAGGCGGUCCUGAACGAUGGCGGUUAGCUCCUCUCGACUGUAUGGGGGGAAGUUGAGCAGCUGGGGGCGGCAGCCGGGACGCGCCUGAAGUCUGGGAAGGAUGCGGUCGGUCAAGUCCAACGCGUUGGCGAUUCCUGAGGAACGACACCAUCAGAACCGAAGACAGAAGGAGAAAGAAGAUGGCCGCUGCACGAUGGCACGCUCACCGAUGAGACAGAGGCGGGACUUGGGGAGGUGGGGCCACUCAAAGAUGGUGUACAUGACAUCCUGGCAUUUACUGUCCAGCUGGUCCAACUCGUCCAGAACCAGAAGCCUGCGGAGCGUAGUCAAAGUUAAAGUUUCUUUUAUGCCACAGUUUGACCCUGGAACAGAUCAUUUCUAUAUACUGUACAUUACAGGGGAAAAACAAGGUAUUUUUGUGCAUUACUUCAAGUAUGAAGUAACGUUGACUCACACUGCAGGUCCUGGUCUUGUCAGGUGACCCCGCAGACCUUUGUGUCCUCCCGACACUUUCAGUUUGUCGGCCAGCAGCGGGAAAAUGGCGUGCGAGCUUCUCAGGCUCAUACAGUUGACCACCAGCGUGCGAACGGACGCCAUCUCCUCCUGGAAAAAAAACAACCCCAAAACACUGAGACGCUGUCAGGUGACAUAUUAAAAGCGCAUCCUGAAGCGGACUCGCCGACGCCAACCUUCAUUUCCUGCAGGACACAGUUGAGGCAGGCCGUCUUGCCGGUUCCUGGCGCCCCGGAAAUGUAAAGGCUGCCGGGGAGGCUCCGCAGGGCCUUGUCCUCCAGGAAGGAGUGGAUGGCGGCUCGCUCGUUCUCUCUGGAUAAAAGGCGCUCCGGGACGGCGGUGUGGAGCGCUUGCUUCACGCUCAAGAACCUGGACUCUGAAGAAGCAACUUCCUGUUAUGAUCCGUGGGUGUUCACGCCACAAUAAGACAACAAAAUGACGCACUUUCUGCACAAAGUCGAGACGCCGCUGGCUUCUUCUCCGGACUCGGUCGUGCGGGACUUCCAGAAAGGACUUCCUGUUGCCUCGGUGAUGAAGCGGUGACGGGGGAGUUUUCGUCGAAGGCCAGACGCCGCGGCGACAACAGAGACACUUUGCGCUGUUUGGGUGGAGACACCAUCGGGGUGGCGGCCAUAUUGAGGAUGUUGUCUUCGCCUUCGUGGGGACGAACAGUUUCAUGUUAGCAUGGUGGACCGAGCUGCUCGAUCUCUGAUGCUCACCUGUGCGUUUCCGCGGGCUGAGGGGCAGCCUGGCUGGCGAGGGAGAGGGCACCACGGCAGGUGGUUUCUGCGAAUGUGGGGACAGGGCGGCGGCCUGCUGCCGCCCAGGUGAGAGCGGCCCGAUGCCGUCUUCAAGCCGGGCCGGUGAUGGGAGUGCACACUUUUCAUUUUUGGGGGCUUUGGGCUUCGAGGACACCCGGGAGGACUUCCGUCUAGGGAAGGGCAGAGUGGGUUGUGUGCGACCCUGUGAGCGCGUGCUCGGCAUUUUCUCCACCUGACCGGAAGUAAAAACACUCAACGUCACGAAGGACUUUAUCUAAAAAAAAUAGCCUGGUUAUGCAUUUAGCACAACAUUAGCGACUUUAAUUUCACCACAAACAUCUAACAAAGCCAACAUAACCACAUUUAAAGAGUUUACAUGCAUUUACAUUGUAGUGUGUUCGCUAUACAGUUAGCAUGUAAACAAAGGAAGUAGUUUGUUUAAUGGCGCCAAACGAUUUCAACAAGGAAACACAUAUUUAGACAAAAUCACCGUGACUGGUUUAAGUUAGUACUUCUUCUAAACACUAGUACUAGUAUUAGUACUAGUACGAGUGCACCACUGAAAAGGAAUACUUACAUUGUAAGCACAAAGCACUUUUAGCCGACAUGCUGUAAACAAUUGAAGCACAAACUACUCCUUCGCUCAACAUUCGUUCAUUCGCCAUAUUAAAUUUUGAUAGUUUAACUUACCCACCCUUGGAUCAAGUAUAAAAAUAUCUCGUCGGUGAAACGUUCGAACGUCCUCGUCCUCGAAAGUCCACAGAAACCAAACUUUUGCGCCAAAUGUUCUUUGCCUCCGAAGCAAAGCAGCUGGUUCCCGCCGGCAGCUCUCUGAUUGGUCCGUCCAAGCCUGACAACAGCUGGCCCUCGGCGCUCAUUGGCUCACCCCGAGACGGAAUAUUACGUCAUAUUUAAACGCCCACCAAGGAGCUCGUUGGCGGGAGAUUCGGCAGUGUAGAGAGAGAGAGAGAGAGAGGCAAUAUUUCCCGGGAACUUUUGUAUAGUUGAUUAGGCGCGUUUGGUUAAAGAUUAGAUUUUCAACUCACUUUUAAUGGCGCGUUACGUUAUUACGGCAAUAUUUGAAGUUAUCUUUAUUGACAACAGUUUUUGUUGGUGCACAGUAUACUGCUAUAUAUUGACGUUUAACAUUUAAAUUUAACUUUUACUUACUGAGGAUCACACAAUUCAAAAUUACAGAGCUGCUUAACGGACCCGAGGGAAAAUAAUUUAAUUUUUUUUUGUUUUGUGUUAUUACGACCCCAAAUUUGAUCAUGGACUUCCAACAAGAAGUCAUGCUCUAAGUUAUACAUAAUUUCUCAGAUUCAGUGGCCAUUAUUAUCUGUUAAAGCUCACUGGUGACACUUGGAUCAGCAAUUACAUUACAUCCUCUUAACAUCAAACCAAUAAAAUGCUGCUGCGUCAACGUCAUCGCGUACCGGAUGUUUGCGUUGCAUCUUCAAAUUAAGAGCAGCAGUUUGCGACAGGACACUGUUUAAUUCAUGAAUAGGACAAGCUGUGGACACAAGUGAAUGAUUUUAGCAUUAGCAGUGUACCUGUUUGCUGUUGUCUCAUCAACAAUUACGUUGCUGACACCUAGUGGUCACACAGGAGCUGCUGUCAGCCACAACUCAGUCCCGUCAGUGACACUCUUCAAUAGGCGUCAGUACAUAUUUGUAUUGUAUUACAGUAUUUGGACCAAGAAUACGUGCAAUUUGCUUUUAUAUGUAUAUUUCGAAACAGUGGCCAUUUUUUUAAAGAAACAAUACAGUAACUGAUGACUGUAUGUUACUAGAAAUAGCAAAAUAUUGUUCUAUGCUUAUUUACAGGCAAUUUUAAUUAGCAAGAAUGAGAUGGAAUAGAAAGUUUCAAAGAGUUAUUGCAUUAAUAACGAGUUUCUUUUGUGAAAGUGAAGUUAUGGUCAGAUGCAAGUGUAAUAAAAGUGUUCCACGAGGAUGCACCCUUUUCCCCAACAGGAAUAUAUUUAUUGAAAAUGUUUUCAAGUGAUAAAAAGAUGUGAUUAACAGGAAAUGAGACAUUGUAAAAAUGCUCCCCUCGGCUGGUUUGAGUGACGGCGCUCCAACAUCCACACAAGCUC